AUGUCUUGGCUUUCCUGAACUCUGUGGCGCCAAAUGCUUCCAAUGGCUCUCUUCAAGCUACCUUCCUCAUCUCUUCCUUUCCCCAUCCCUCCCUCGCCCCUCAGUUCCAGACGAAUUCCGCCUCCCUCGAUCCUCACUGUUUCCUGCUCCAAAUCGCCGUCGCCUUCCUCCUCCUCGUCUUCCACCCCCACCGGCAACAGCGAGAGCAACGAGAGUGAGACGUCGACGAGCAGGAGAAGGAUAUCGGAGCAGUCGUCAUGGGAAGCUAAGGACUCCGAAGGCAAAGAUUACCUCUACAGGUUGGGGAAAGAAGCUGAUAACAUGAACAUUUCCGUCGGCGCUAGGGAAGGCGUCAUCGACUCUCUCUUCACCGGAACUUUCCUCGGCAGGGACUCGGAUAUUGUGUUCGAUUACAGGCAGAAAGUGACGAGGUCGUUCGAGCAUCUUCAAGGCGAUUACUACAUUGCUCCAGUUUUCAUGGAUAAAGUUGGUAAGUGUUAUUGGUUUCCAGAAACGGGGAAGAAACCUUCCUGAGUAUUGUUGGUGUAAGAAAAGCAGAUACGUUUGAAAUUCAGCAGAGAGCUUGUUAUGGAUGAGCGGUUCAUUUCACCAUUAUGCUCUUUAAUCGUGUCAUCAUCUGCUUCACUUUUCAUUGAUAGAUGAGCGACUUACUUCACUCUACUUAUGCAGUCUGUCACAUUGUAAAGAACUACAUGGCUCAUAUCCUGAACGUCAACGUGCCGUUGAUCCUAGGUAUUUGGGGAGGAAAAGGGCAAGGCAAAUCAUUCCAGACUGAACUUAUUUUUCAAACCAUGGGAAUUGAACCAGUCAUUAUGUCUGCUGGAGAACUAGAGUCAGAAAGGGCAGGAGAACCAGGAAAACUGAUUCGAGAACGCUAUAGAACUGCUUCCCAAGUGAUCCAGAAUCAAGUUAGAAGCUUUAUUAUUAUGAUCAUUGGUAUAUAAGAUCCCUUUGUAUGCUGCUCGAUUAAGCCAAGUACUCUCUUUUUACAGGGCAAGAUGAGCUGUUUGAUGAUCAAUGACCUUGAUGCUGGUGUUGGUAGAUUUGGAAACACUCAACAUACAGUCAACAAUCAAAUUGUUAUCGGGACUCUGAUGAAUUUGUCAGAUAAUCCUACGAGAGUCAGUGUUGGACAAGACUGGCGAACAGAAGAUAUCACAAACAGAAUCCCCAUAAUUGUAACGGGAAAUGACUUCUCAACUAUCUACGCUCCAUUGAUUCGUGAUGGGCGAAUGGAUAAGUUUUACUGGCAGCCUACACAGGAAGACAUAUUCAAUAUUGUCAAUAGAAUGUAUGAGAAGGAUGGCAUUCCGAAGGAGGAGGUUGCUAAGAUUGUGAACUCAUUUCCAAACCAAGCUUUGGACUUCUACGGUGCUCUAAGGUCUCGAACGUAUGAUAAAGCAAUUUCUAAGUGGGUUGAAGAGAAUGGAGGCAUGGAAAAGGUUGGCCCCAAACUUGUACGACGAAAAAGGAAUGAGGAACUCCCUGUUUUCACUCCGCCCGAGCAAACACUAGAGGCUCUGAUGGAAGCUGGUCACUCUCUCAUAAGAGAACAAGAGCUUAUAAUGAAGACUAAACUCUCCAAGGAAUACAUGAAAAAUUCGGAUGAUUAGUAGCCUGUUGGUUGCUUGGAUUCAUGUCGAGGAAAAACUAUCAGAUAAAAACUGAUUCAGAGGUAACUAUCUACUGUAUGUAUUGUAUUAACAGUUUUGGUAUGGUUGUAUAUAUAUAACAUAAUUAUCUGGAAUUUUCCUUGUACCAUUUUUGUGUGAACUGUGAAGAACAUUAAUUGUUUACCGAUCCUCAGCCACAUUCGACUUUCCCUAUGAACCUGGAUAAUUUUUAAGAAAACAAUAGGUAAAUCAAGUG